UGUCCCAUGAAUCAGCCACACCUCGUAAUCAAGCAGACGGUUUACUGCAGAAUGAGACGUUGGACUCUCUGCUGGCUGACCUUGUCUUUCACGUUUCAUCACAAUGUGGAAACAAAUGCGCAAAAAAAUCCCGCAUCUCCAGGUUGUUGUAAAGCGUUAGACAAAUUAAAUUGCAAAAUGCCUUCUGAUCCAGAGCAGAAAGACGCUGAUCAUGCAAGCUGCUGCAUGGAAACCUUCCCGUUACUACUGCAUAACAUUCCCCAUGACGACACUGUCAAAGCCCUCGGAGUCCUACAGAAAGUUCUGGAGGAAACCGAGACGACUAAUUCCACAGCCUUAUACCAGGACAACAUGGUGGCUUUACUGUACAGACCCACUGGUGACUUUAAAGGUCUUCAGAUUGCAGCCAGUGACAAACAGGUAACCAUAGAUUCAGAUGUUCCAAACAGCAAAGUGAACGUUCACCUUCCAAGUGAGCUCAAUGCUGGACAGAAUAAUACUAUCGUGUUCUGCAUGAUCCAGUUACCUAAUGAGACGGCUCUGGAGCGCUCAGAUGAACUGCAUGGCCGUCGGCUUGUCGGCCUGAGUGUCGGUGGCAGGAGCGUUUCAGGACUCCAGGACCGAGUCAGCAUCACCAUAAACACAGAAACAAGCAUACAUAAAACCCUGAAGCCCAAGUGUGUGUUCCUGAACACCACAGAGAAAAAGUUCAGUACUUCAGGCUGUGAGACAAAGUGGGAUCAGAAUCAAAUCAACUGUUCCUGUGAUCAUCUCACAUACUUUGGUGUGCUGAUGGUGUCUGCAGAGUUCUCCCCUAAAGACGAGGCCAUCCUGUCCUACAUUUCCUACAUCGGCUGUGGCAUCUCUCUGACCGCUCUGGUCAUCGCCGUUUUGCUCUUCAUCACAUACAGGAAACUCAGAGCAGACGAUUCCAAGAAGAUCCACAUCAGCCUGGCAGUCGCUCUGAUCCUCCUCAACGUUCACUUCCUCCCCAGCCAGGCGGCGGCAGCGUCGUCCUCCACCGCGCUUUGCCGUUAUGUGGCUCUUCUUCUUCACUACUCCCUGCUGGCCUCUUUCACCUGGAUGGCCUUGGAGGGCUUCCACCUCUACCUUGUCUUGGUCAAAGUCUUCAACAUCUAUGUGAGGCGAUACCUGCUGAAACUCAGCGUGGUGGGAUGGGGUCUUCCAGCGGUCAUUGUGACAGUGGUGUUGAUCGUUGACCACAACAUGUACGGUCGAGCCUCACUGGACCAGUCUAGGCCUAAUGAGACCGCAGUAUGCUACAUCACCGAUGACAAGGUGAAGAUGGGAACCACACUGGGACUGUUCGGCGUGGUGUUCGUCGUUAAUGCCGUCAUGUUUGGAGGGAUCGUGAAAUGGCUAAUGUGUGACAAACUUAACAAACAGACUGCGCCGAGUAAGACAAGCAAAGCUAAGCGAGAACUUUUCACCCUGCUGGUUCUGAUGGUCCUGCUGGGACUCACCUGGGGCCUGAUCUUCUUCUCAUUCGGCCAGCUGACCACUGCUGGCCUCUACGUAUUCUGCAUUAUCAACUCCCUGCAAGGUUUCUUCAUCCUCAUUUAUUUUGUCUUGUCGAUGAAGAAGAUCAAAGCGUCAUCCUUCAAGCCGAGCUCGGAAACGUUCAGCACUAAAUCCUGAAGACACCCAGGAAAUGUUUGCAUUAUUUGUAUGACAGUAAUAUCUCAGAUUGUGUUUUUAAAGAAAAUAAUGUGCCAUUGAAAUAAGCUUUGCAGACGAUGAUAUUUUCAAAAAGAUCCAAAAAAAUCCUCAAAACCUUCAUUUAAUAAUACAUCACAGUGUUUUGCACACAAAUACCUUCAUUUUUUUAAGUCUUCAUAUAAAUAAAUCGUAAUCAGGCUUUAUUACUUUCCAGAAAAUAGAUUAGAAAUGUUAAAACACGAGGUUUUCUGUCAACGAGUUUGGCUGUUGAGGGUCCAGCCAGCUCUCCAGUGACUACAUGAGGAGAGAUGAGGUAGAAUCAGGACCACCAGAAAGGGCGGCCAUGUUUUUAAAUGCUCUGAAUGAACCACACACACACACACACACCCCCACACACAUCCCCCCCCACACACACACGCCGGGAAUUCUGUGUGUCAGCUGCUGGGUCUGUGUGCUGACACACUUUCGGGGUGAAAGCAGAAAACAUUAACAACAGAAUCAGGUAGCAGCUCCAUUUACAUGAGUACAUUUUUGGACAAAAGUUUACUUUUAGGGGUAUUUUUACUACGCUGCACUUUUUACUUUUACUCAAGUAAUUUUAUUAUGAAGUAUCUUUACUCUUUCUAGAGUGAAAUGUCUGGAUUCUCUAUCCAGAGUGAAUAACUUCACUGAUUGAAGAACAAACAUGUUUUAAC